UAUAUAUGUAUAUAUGUUUCCUUCUUUUUGUUGGUGGGGGUUUAUCUGACAGCAGACCUACUUGACAUUCCUGAGUUCUUCCAGCCCGAGGCAAAAAAGAAAACCAGUUUUUCGGUACUCUUGUGAGUGUGUGUGUGUGUGUGUGUUUUGUUACAGCCAUGGAUGGCGUGUUGGAAGAAGCAGCAGUGUUGUGCGUGUGCAAAGUGGCCUCCAGUCUCCUCUUCCUGCCCUCGCUGGCCGCCUCAUACAGUCCCGUCAGCUUCUGCUGCUGCUGCCUGCUGGUCUUCACCGACUUCCUGGUCGCAGCUUUUUUGAGCUUCCUUUGCAUCUCUGAUUCCUGGCCGACCGAGCUGACUCCAGCGGUCGACGUCGUCUCCCUCCGCUUCCUGAUCUUUCUCAGCCACACGUACGGUGCGGUGUUGCUCCUCACCACGCCUCUGAUCGCACUGGAGACUCUGACCGCACUGCUGCGGCCUCGCUGGGGCUCCGGCGGACACCUCUGCUGCGUUGGGGCGGAAGCCGCGGAAGGCGAGGACGGCGAAGACGCCACCGACAAAGAAAAGGGGUCGUCCCGUCACGCCGUUGGCUACCUCUGCUGCCUGUCUGUGUGGGUCAUCGUCGCCCUCGAUGUGAGGUGGCGAUGGAAGCGGGAGGAGACCUGGGCCACCGCCUGCUUGCACACGACAAACUCCCUCAUCAGGUGCUUGCCCAACCUGUUCAGCCCCACGUCCGGCGCCGUGAAUCCCUGCUGGGGCAUGGGCUUCCUCUCCCUCCUCCUGCUCCUCCUCACAGCGAGCACCGGUCUGCGCCGUCGACCGGGGGACCCUGCACAUACGGCAAGGACCCACGAAGACAAACGGGGGGGCAACAGCGACGGUUGCUGGCGAGGCCUCGCUCCGGCGCUUCCCGGGCCCUCGGAGCCCGUGGAGUCGGAGGCAGCGCGUCGUGUUGACCCUGGGAAAACAGAGAGCAGCUGCGCGGUUCACAGAGCGUAUUCCUGGAGCGGCGCGCAGAUGUCGGCGCAUCACCAUGGAGCCUUUGUUCUCGUCUCCCCUGCAUGUUUGUGUGCGGAGAGGCGAGGGCAGGAGCACGAACGGACCAAGAAGCGUCCACCUCCGACGCUCGUCGCGGAGGACGUGGACGCACAGAACGGGAGCCAAAGUGGGUGGCGGCAGGGCGGGUUUCCCUGCCAGGGGGUGGAUGUAUUGAUGGGGACCGUGGCUGUGCUCUCCAUCUUUGUGCUGCCCCUGAACCUCAGCGUGAACAUUCUUCUGAUCAGGACUAUAGAGACUCUGCUGGUGCUGUGUGUUAAAUCUUUAGUUUCACCCGCCGCAAACACAAGCGAUGCGUGCAGCCCUCACGAUGAGACGCUUGUAUAAAAACCAGACCGGUUGAGAGGCAAAAGUCGCAGCUGAUUGGAGGCCAAAUGCAACAGGAUCACAGGAUUGAUACUGCAUUGGUGUAGAUGGCACGUCUACCUGUCAACACUAGAGCAAAUGAGCCUUUUUGAGCAGCUAUUCACAUGCGGGGAAUAACAUGUGGAAACCGCUGAAAGGUGCAGAGGAGGCACGUUGAGGCGUGCUUGGUAAGACCCCAAAUUAGACCGGAAAAGGCGGCUGGUAGGCCUUUUUUUUUUUUUAGCAUCAAGACCUGCAGCAAUUUGUCACUGAGUGAACGAGUGUGCUCAUGCCGCAUUACAGAAACUCUACAUGAACUAAUACAAAUAAACACUGAGCUGUUUUAGUUACUAGUUAGUUUAUUAUGUUAACAGUUACACCAAAGAUACAUCUCUCCUCUUAACCUUGCGUAUCGUUUUAUUUUAGUACCAAUUUCAGCGCUGAAAUGGGUCAAACCAUCUUAUAUUGCGUAAAAAUGUGAAAUAAUCACCCUAAAGUCUCAAAUGUAUCCCAGGAUGUUUUUUAGGAGGCCAAACCUGAUGAGAAGUAGUAAAUGUUGAGAACCUAAUGCUUGAAAACAAAAAUAAAGUAUUUGCAAGUAGUUACAUAAGUUGCAACAAUAAAAUGUUGCUCACG